UGCCGCCAUGUUGCCUGAAAAAAAAAUUAAAGAAAAAGUCCCCGCGGACGAAUAUUGUGCGCGCUGCUGGCGCCCCUAGCUACGCAGCUCGGCACCGACCCACGCCGUCCCCGGGUCAGUUUUCGUGCAUCCAACAUGGCUGGACGAGGUGAUUACAAUGAUUUAAGAGAUUAUUCGGGAGGUUCGCGCAGCAGUAAACCUCUGCCUACCGAGCCACCAUACACAGCGUUCGUUGGCAAUCUGCCGGACGGUAUCGUUCAAGGCGAUGUCGACAAAAUAUUUCAAAACUUGAAUGUGAAGAAGAUCCGACUUGUCAAAGAUCGUGAAACAGAUAGGUUUAAGGGUUUUUGUUACGUCGAGUUUCAGGAUCUGUCUGAUCUUAAAAAUGCAAUCAAAUUAAAUGGAUGCGUUAGCGUAGAGGGAAGUUUGAUUAAAAUCGAUGUAGCCGAAAGUAAAAGAAAUGAAAGAGGAGGUGGAUUUGAUAGACGGGCUAGAGGUGGAUCUGGACCUGGUGGUGGCUUCGGUAAACGUGAUGGAGGUCCACCAAGAGGAUUUGGCGAUGAUUUCGGUAGCCCAUUCAUAUUUACAAAAGAUUUUAACGAUCGAGGAAUGUCAAGCGGCAGACAAGGUAACUUCGGCGGUAGCCGCGGUAACUUCUUCAAUGACGAGAUAGCCGGUCGGGACAGAAAUUUACGUGGAAUGGGCGGCCCAGGUGGCCCAGGUGGCCCAGGUGGCCCAGGUGGCCCAGGUGGCCUAGGUGGCCUAGGUGGCCUAGGUGGACUCGGCGGCCCUGGUGGUCCCGGUAUGUCCAAGUACGGAAGCAGUAGACUGAGUCGUGGCGGGCCCGGCAUGUCAGACAGGAAAUACGCGGAUGAACCCUUUAUGAACGAACCAGCCCCAGAUAUGAAAGGCCGAAAACGUUUGGUACUAACACCUAGAACCAUUCAGGAUCCCGUAAAUUCACUAGCUGAGACCACUAUUCGUAAUUCAAUUUAUGGUGGAGCUAAACCGCGAGAAGAGAAAAUUACUGACAACAAUGAAGUCAAGUAAAACUAUGUAUUAUGAUGUAAUAGUUUCUUUUUUCUCUAACAACAAUAGUGGGGAAUAAUUUCCUGUAACAGCAAAUUUCAUUGGAAAAAACAAUCUUUAACGUAAGACUUCUUCCAACUUCCUGGUAGAUGUCAAAGGGCUGAAUCUCCCCAAGGAUGUACAUCUUGUUUUAUUUUUUUGGUUUUUUUUGGUU